AUGUCCGACAAGUUAUCAAAAUAUGUACUGUUUGCAUGCCCAGAAUUAUGUAAAGAAUUUAUCUCAGUUAUUCAUGUUCAAAUAUUUAGUCAGAUGCAGGAAGGUACGGCAAUUUCGGAAAUGUCGCAGACUUUUUCUGGUAAGCAGAGCUUUUCAUGUCCUCGUGCAAAGCCUCUUCUCCACACAGGAGACUCGUUGGCUGACCUCUCGCCAGAAGACAUCGACAUCGUUGGAGCCAUGGGUGACGCGCUUACGGCUGGUCGCGGACUUUGGGAGGGAACCGACGUCGAAUUUCGUGGAGCGGCUUUUCCAAUAGGAGGUGACGCUACCAUUGAUGGCCUCGUCACUAUUCCAAAUAUCCUCUUGGAGUUCAAUGAACAGCUAGCAGGCGUUUCUCAUGGUAUGGGGAAACGAUCUCGACUACCGGACUAUCAACUGAAUGUUGCAGAGUCGAACACUGAGACUGAGCAUCUUCCUGAACAAGCUACAGAACUCGUGCGCCGCCUUCACUCUUUCAUGUCUAUGAAAGACUUGAGUGAAAAGUGGGCUCUAGUGACGAUUGCAACGGGUACUGAAGAGUUCUGCAACCAUUGCGACACUCCCAAUCACUCUUCCAUUCGACGUGCUCUGGGUAUUAUUCGCAAAGGCAUUCCAAAAGCGUUCGUCGUCCUCCUCGGACCGGUUCACGUCGCCUCUUCAUACAAACUGCACAUUAAUCUCCUCAGUCCACGAUGCCGCUGUUUGGAAUCGGUUUCAAAGAAGAAGUACCGUAUGUUGAUUGGGAAAUGGCGUGAGGUCUUUGUUCAAGUUCAGGAUGAAUUCAACAGCUUGAAUCACACGACUUUUGGAGUACUGGCGAUUCCUUUGCUUUCGAUACACUCCAGAGACCCGGAGUCUCUGCUAGUACCAGGAAAAACUCUGUUAAACAGAAAAGGUCACAGUUACGCGGCCAAAUGGAUGUGGAAUCGGCUUAUGACUGGACCAAGUUUCAAUUUUUCAAAUUCUAUCUUCUCGCAGGAAUAUUACUACUGCCCUUCUGUGGGCUGCCCUUAUUUUCGCACCGUGCAGAAUUCGAAACGCUGCAGCGUCCUUUCGGAAUCGGAUUACCAGCGACUAUAUGUGACGAAAAAAGUAAAGACUAACGGAAGUGCAAAGGUGAGAAUAAAAGAUGCACAUAAUAGGUAA